UUCCCAUUGACAUACAUAUACACAAUUAAAUAAUGAUGUUAAAUAUUACCGGAAGUAUCUUAUUAAGUAAUACAUAUAAAUAUGGAAGAAAAUAAUUAAACCGUUCGAAACUAAUGAAAAUUUGUAGCAUCAGUAAUACUGAAAUGUUCAAUAUUUUUGUAUAUUUCAAUAUUGUGCAAUUUGUAUCAUGUUAUUAUUCUGUCAAAGAGGAUAAACAAUUGAGUAGAUUUUUCACUGAUUUGUACAACGCGGAUGUAAAUUCAGUUGAAAAUGGUAAAGAUUAUCGAUUGAAUUUACAAGGAAAACUAGCUAGAGGAAUAGAUUCUGUAGAUUUGGCAUCUAAACCAUUGUUUGAAUUUGUUAAUGAAGAGAUAUUGGGGAAGAGACCUACUUUUGCAAAAUUCAUUGCAUUAUUGGAUAACUACAAUCCUCAAGUUGGUGUCACUGAAAUCGUCACAGAACAACAACAGAAGGAGGAAGAUGACUUUAUCAAUGAAUUGCUAAAAACAGAAGUCAUGAAAAUGACUUAUAAUUUCCUUAUCGAAAAACAAAAGUUGUCAGGAGAUAUUACAAACUUUGGAAAAUUCUUAAAGGAUUUGUGGUUCAAGCGAUAUAAACGUAGAAGUCCAAAAGACUCUUCUGCAUUUGAACAUGUAUUCGUUGGUGAACAUAAAAAUCUUGAUGUACUUGGAUUACAUAAUUGGAUUCAAUUUUAUUUAAAAGAAAAGAAAAAUCAAUUAAACUUUUUUGGAUGGACUAGAAGAUUUUGUAAAGAUCAACUUAUCACUGUAACAUAUGUCAAUGAAAAUAAAUAUAAAAAGCCAAUUGGAAGUGUUUUUGUUGGAUCAUCACCAGAAUUCGAUAUUGCUGUUUAUACGGUUGCUUUUGCACUACAUCCUACAUCUGUAUUUGACGUGAAUGUCGCUGGAUGUAAAGUACGUAUAACAUGUCAUGAAUUAUCUCCCUCUGAAAUGGGUACAUGUUAUAUGGGGUAAACAAUAUAUGUAUCUGAAUAAACAUUUGUUUCCACUGACCUUAAAAGCAAUAGCGAACUUAAGUUUAAUAUGCCGUUUGAUAGAUUAAUAUUCCGAAAAUAUAUAAUUUUGUUGAAAUUCCCUUACUUUUUAUUGUAUUACAAAAUAAGUAAAAAUCGAAAAACUUUCAGUAAGAGUAACACUUUUAAGAUGGUUCAGAAUAUAUCGAAGUAAGGAAGAGAAUUUUAGAUGAAUCGUAUUAUUUUUAUGCUCACGUAACUAAACUAUCUAACUGAGUGUACAAAACUCUAACGAAAGAUUAACAUUUGUUUCGAUUUUUCGUGGUUUCGCAUGCGUUAUCUUAUCAGAACUGAAUAGUAUAAAAGUGAAUAAAACCUUCAGACACAUUUAUAUCAAGAUUAAUAAAAACAUACUGAAGUGACAAAAUAUCAUUGACUGGUUACCUAAUGAUCAAACAUCGAGUGAUCUGAAGCAGUGAAAUGAGAAUAUUGUAAAUAACACGUGUCGUAUUUAACAUGAAAUAGUGUUUACAAGUCUAGCUGGUCCAUUUCCUAGAGUUUGAUAUAUACAAAGAAGAUUGCAAUACUACUGUUCUUUUGUUUUAUUUAAUGAUAUGAGUAAUCCAAAUAUAACUCCCAAGCUCGGAUAAAGGAGGAGGGUUGGGCAAAGGGUUAGCAACCCCAUCUCGUAGAAAACUAACUCGCUGAAAAAACA